AUGUCGCAGCCUUGUGGGCAUGUCAUAGAUUUGGAUGCGCUGAACGACGACGAUGCUUCUGACAUGGAUGUGUCUCAGCACAGUGUCAUGGACGUGGACGAAAUGGACGUGGAGGAGCCAGACAUCCCACAGCAUGUGGGCCCUGGGCCAGACACCCUGCCAGGUAUCAUGCAGGCUUUUCGCUGGCCGUACCUCGCAGCUCAAGCGCUGGGCCGGCAUAUGCUGCCUGCCCAACUGCAACGGUCGUGUUUGACCAGAACCUGGAGAGUGUCGACCCAUUUCUCUGGUCUGGGUUCUGCUGAGCUGGCGUUGCAGCUAUUGGAGCACGCUGCUGCUGGUCUUACUGGUGGUGUGGGUCCUCAGUUUAACCUUGUCUCAGCUUGCGAGAAACAACCAAGUCGCCAGAGGGUGCUUCGAACACGGCUGCCCCAGGAUUGCCAUAUAUUCGAUGACAUCAUGGAGAGAUUUCGGGACUUGCCGGAACUUUCCGAGACAGUGGACUGGAGGGGCAUCUGGAGCAGAAUGCCAGACGCUUUUCUCGGUCAGGGUAUCGCUGCAAGAUGCAGGCAGCACUUACACUCGCAAUGCCGACUGGCAGCCCCGCCAGACCUGGAUAUUUCUGGAUCGCCCUGCCAGGUGUGGUCGUCCAUGGGCUCACGUGGGGGGUCGCAAGACAACCGAAUAGUGUUGUUCCUCGCAUGGGCUUACCUAAUUCGGACGGGUGAAUGCAAGAUUAUCAUCCACGAGAACGUGUCUGGGUUCAAAGAGGGCAUCCUGUUAGAGUUGCUGUCAGACACGUUUGAGGUGGUGACUUUGGAAGUACAUCCUUGGCAUUGCGGUUUCAGGAUCAUAGCCAGACCAAGAAAGUACUCUGUGCUUUUUCGCCGGCGCAACAUUGAAGUAGUGUCAGACGUCCAUGAGGUGUACCGUCAGCUUUCGCAAUCCUUGGCGGACUGGCAGAAGCAGCCGGAUCUUGAAGAAUUCUUGUUGACUUCCGAGCAGGGCCUGUUGCAAGAGGAGAACCAGGCCAGGGCCAGCAAGAAGUUGACAGACAAGCAACGUGGCUAUUUGCAAAAGUACCAGGAGCAAGGCGCUGUGCGUCAGACCAGGAAUGUCGUCUAUGACCUGAGCCAGAACCCAGAGAAGAGGCCAAUACAGACUUCGCAGCAGACAGGAAGUUUGCCAUGUCUGAGAAGUGGUUCCCUCUUGUGGAUGCCAGACCGGAGGAGAUGGCUUGUAGAUGCGGAGCUGGCCGCUUUGAUGGGAUUUCCAAGCAGCGAGCCUCUGAAGAACUUGUACGGGGUGCCAGACAUCUUUUGCCCAGCCCGGUCUCAGGUAGGCACUGCCAUGCAUGUGGGAUGUGUUGGGCUGGUCGCACUUGUCGCUCUCGCGUGUGCACGAGACCGGUCGUAG